AUGCCUCAUCAAGGUGAAACUAUUGUCAUUGUCGGCGCUGGAGUUAUCGGACUAUCAACAGCCCUCCGAGUCCAAGAACGCAUUCUCUCCCAGAAUAACCCGCCGUCCAUCCUAAUCAUCGCACGAGACUUUCCCGGCGAGACAUCUAUCAACUAUGCCACACCAUGGGCCGGAGCUCACUAUCGACCAUGCCCAGGCUAUAGCCCCCAACUAUUGCAAGAAGCCAGAUGGGCAAAGAAAACAUAUGACAUUCUGGAUAGCUGGCCGGAAAAAGACAAACUCACUGCCGGUGUCGAAUUCAUGCGUGGAGAAGAGUUCUUCGAAAGCCCUGCGCCUGAGUAUGUUGACGUUGCGGAAGACGUGUCCAAGUCUGUGUACAGCCACCUCGAAUCAAGCUUCCAGCUAUUCAGCAGAGGCGAGCUGGAUGCCAUGGGCGACUCGCUGACACUCGGUUUUUCUUAUCGGACUUACUCACUGAACAGUCCUGUCUAUGCUUCAUUUCUAUUACGCAGACUUCAGAACAGGGGAGCUCGCGUAAGACAAUACACACUUACGUCACUGGAAGAGGUCUUUUCGAUUCAAGACUCUGUAUCUGUUUUGAUCAACUGCUCUGGUACAGGCUUCGGUGAUGACAAAGUAUUUCCCAUACGUGGCCAGACCUGUCUUGUGCGAAACCUAAUCGAUAGGACGACUACACGUCAAAACGCAGAUGGUACUUGGUCAUUCGCUAUCCCGCGACCUCUAGAAGGCGGUACCAUCAUUGGAGGUACCAAAGAGCCCCAUAACUGGGACCCAUAUCCUUCAUCCGAGACACGGCAGACUCUACUAACCAACGCGGCUAAAUGGUUCCCAUUUGGCUCUGACGAUUCUGCAUCUACCACUACCCGGGCGUCGGAUCGUUUUCAUGUUGUCACAGACAUUGUUGGUCGUCGACCAGCUCGUGAAGGAGGCCUUCGUCUGGAGACGGAGAAGUUGAGACAGGGCACAGUUGUUCAUUCGUACGGUGUUGGUGGAAGAGGUUUUGAGCUAUCAUGGGGUAUAGCAGACGAGGUUGUUGCCUUGCUUGAUAAAAACGGACAUCUGUCAUCACGACCGCGCUUGUAA